AUGAACUGGUUUUCUGUAGCAGCUCGCUCAAGUCGGUCUUUCGUUAAUUGCAUGGGGUUUCGAGCGUUGUCGAUGUCUGCUAAGACCUGCAUGGGAAUCAUAGUGUGCACAUGCUGGGCCAUAUCAUCUAUUGUUGCAAGAUGGGUGAUGACAUUGUUACUAUGGGGGUUCCUUAACAAGACGAACGACUCUUCAGGUAUGGAACCUCACACUCGCAAACCGACUUGUUUCCCACCUCCUGGCUUAUCACGUUCUUUUGUGGAGUCGUUGAUAACAGUUGUACCAAGGUUGUAA